AUGCAAAUGAUAAGUAUGAAGUAUCAUUUGGAACAGACGCGAAUCAUACCAGCACCACACCAGACACGUAACCCGCUGUACAAGGCUCUGAAGCGCCCAGGCCUCUCGUCAUCCAGACUCGGGAUUUACCCAACGCCAAAUGUUCGGAGCGAUCGAGAGAAGGAUAUGACCUCAUAUGUCGCUACAGCCGAGCGGCAUGCUCGCCACCAUUUACAAAUUCAAGGACUCGUUGUGAGCCGUUCGGUCUUUGGCUCCAGGAUGCAUCUGACUGACGACGUGUGCAACAACAAUCAUGGAGAGGAUGACGCUGGAUUUCAAAUCCACACGCUCCUAGCCAUUGGGGCAGUCCUCAGCGCUGCUGAGGGGCACCGUGGACGCAUUGAAGCCCGCGACACCCUCACGGCUCCACUUAUGCGUCGUAAAACACAUCGUUUUCUUGCGAAGCGAGAUGACCCAACCGAUCUGACUCACUCCAAUGGUACUACUUCCAAUCCGCAGUCAAAUGGCACUACUUCCGAUCCGCAGUCGAAUGGCACUACUUCCGACCCGCAAUCAAAUCUCACCAAUCCUGAUCCACAAUCGAAUCUCACUACUGGUGGUGUACCCCACAAUUCCAGCUCGAAUGAUCAUCAUCACCAUCACCAUGAUGAAGAUCACCAUCACCACGAUGAAGAUCACGAUCACCACCAUGGUGGUGAGGGCGAUGACAAGAGUCUCUUAGAAAAAAUUGCCAAGGACCGAAAGGAAGUUCACGAUGCUGAGAAGAAACUGAAAAAAGCAAAAGCAAAACUUGACGCGGACAAAAAGAAACUUCAUGAAUCGCAGGGAGAUCACUCACCCCAUCUUGGAAUCGGUCCCGGCCCAGCUAUUGAUGGCGGCGUGACUUUACUCGGCACUGUAAAUCCAAACAACGGGUCGGACUCGCAAACUCAGUCUCAAACUACACCACCAGUUACACAAAAUGAUCCACCAAUCCCGAAACUCGACGAUCCACUCGGUAAGAAUAGUUCUGGCACCGGGGGUGGAGAGGGUGGUGCUGGUUCUGGAGGUGGAAAUGGUGGUGGUGAGGGUGGUGGUGGUGGUGCAGGAGGAGGAGGAGGAGGUGGUGGUGGUGGUGGUGGCACUGGCGGUCAAGGUGGACAGGGUACCGGCAAUUUGACCGACCUUACUGCAACGCCUAACCCCACCGAUACCAAUACUCCAGCCAGCAGCGGAACUAAUAGUGAGACAGUUUGA